CACGCAGGCCACUAGCUUUUGCGGUACGCUGACGUUGCUUUCGCUGUUGACACCGAAACCAAAUACAGUCGCGACCAGGAUAGUCGCAGCAGUGCUGGUGGUAACGUUAUUAAACGUUAAUCUCUUCGAUUUGAGGAUUCGCAAUGCAGGAAUAUAACUCUUCUGUCCUUGCUGGCGCUAGCUGUGCUAGGUCGGGGUACCAGGGCUGUUUUUCGCAGAGCAAACAAUGGUCGUCUGUCAACAAUGCUUGUUUUCAUCACGUGGCGUUACGUCUGAAGACGUCAUAUUAAGCACGUUUUUCGCUCUUCGGCUGCUUUGCUAUUUGCUAUCUGCAUUGGAAAGUGUGCAAUGAGUACUGGAUCUACUGGGUACAGCUUUGCUCGAGGGAUACUAGAAAAACACGGUUGGAAAGAAGGGCAAGGUCUCGGGAAGGAUGAAGAUGGCAUUGUGGCCCCUAUCAGACCAAGUCUAAAGUUCGAUACCAGUGGCCUAGGACACAGAAUUGACUUGACGUCGGAUUGGUGGUGCAAGGCCUUCAACAAUGCUGCCAAGAGCAUUGAAGUCCAAGUUUCAGAGGACUGUGUGAAGGUGAAGAAAAAUAAGAAAGAACUGAAGAAGGAAAAGAAAACCCCUGCUGUAGGAACAUACAAUGCAUUUGUCAAAGCUGGGACACAAACUAGCAGUGGAACAUUUGAACCAGAACAUAUUGGAGAAACACAAUCUGAUCACGAUGAAGAUGGAACAACCAUGGUGCCAAAGUUGUCCGAUGACGAACUUUUCAAAGCAUGCGGAGGGCUGACUGCGCACAGGGCUGCCAGACAUGGGCUGAAGAUGAGUGGAAAACUGAGACGUUUGCAAGAGCAGGACAAAGGAAUGCUCCAGCAGUGUGACAAUAGCAAUGGAGCUGUGACUGGUGUUGGUCAGCUUGAAGUACAUAAUGAGGAGCAGACAAAAUGUAAACGGAAAAGGCACAAAAGGAAAAGAAAGAUGUAGUAGUAUAGUUCUCUAUUUAUAGUGCUUUUAAAUAUAUGCUGCAAUUUUAUUGGC